UUUUAUAUACAUGAUGAAUAUCUGCCCUCCACCUCCUACAAAGGGGACAAUGUGAACGUGGCAUAACACCGAGAUUUAUCUGACGCUUCAUGUUACGUAGCAGCAUUCCCAGGGUGACAGGGUGUGAUAUAUCCAUGUAUUACUGUACGCCGAAAAAAACCUUCUUCUAAUGAUCAUAACAGUGCAGAUCUCUAAACAAUAAUUUUUUUUUCGUGAAUCCUUUAUGAAGUACGUCCUUUGCGUGUGAUUAGCCUGUGUAUUGUUAGACUGUGUCCAAUCGAGGUUUUACAUGGACUGAUGUGGUGAAAGUACCAAACGUUGUGGUACUAGGGGCUGGACUGCACCUGAAUUGGGUCAUAGUCACCUCUGUAGAAACAACUGAAAUUUUUUUCAUAACUAAAAAAAUGUCCCAGGACAAAAAAUCGAUGGUAGAAACUGAUUUAGCCUCAACUGUAAAAAAUACAGGCAGUGAAAGAGGCAGGGGAAUACCAUUUUAUUCGACACUUUGGGGCCGAGCGGUGAUCUUCGUGAUCGCUGCUGCGGUAUCCGUCACCUACCAAACCGAAAAGCCUUUUAGCUGGAGUAUUCAGGAAACGCUGGUGGUAAAUCGAAACCAAUUUGAUUCUUUUGCUGCGGCCACUUCGACUAAAUGGAUAGCCAAGUUUAUGCCGUUCGUGGAUCAGAUGCAACGGGUUGGUAAGGGAGAGCUAGCUAAAAAUCAGCUGUAUCAGUCAAGAAAGUCUGUACCUUUUUAUGGCGACGUAAUCAACAUUCAUAAGGUGAUUGACUAUUCUCCUGGUCGGUUGCUUCGACUCUUCGGCAGCUCACAGUGGCUAAGGCCAGUUUUAACCGUAAAAGCCCGUCAAAGCAAUGACAAGACAGAGCUUACGGUAACUGUCACGUUUUGGAGAAAUAGUAUUCUAUUCCAGAUGACUUUAGGCCCGGUUCUGUGGUUAGUCCACCAGGAUUCACUACGCCGGUCUCUUCUUUUGCUGAGAAUGGAUCUUCAGGACUAAACAUAAGCAGUGCUUCAUUUUCCAUUCGGUACAUAAAGUCAAAGUCAUUAAGCCAAAUCUGAAUUUAAUUAUAUAGAUAUAAGUCCGAAACCACGGGCUUCAAGUUCAUUAAACACCGACUAUUAAGUAAAACUACCAUCAUAAACAAUGAGUUUGACAAACAAGAUAAAAGAACCGUUUUUGGCCCGUAUUUCUCUCUCUGGAUCUGACUAGGGACAAAAUCACUAAGCGAUCAGUGACAGUUUACUGUGUAUAAUAAAUUGUUUUACACACAUAACCUAUUCUAUGAAGUGGUAUCGCUUGUAACUAUUGUCAUUUUAAGAGCGUCGCGCUAUGUUUCAGCAAUAGAUAUACUGUUCUAUUUAAGCAUAUAAUAACAAUAGCUGUUCUGGUGAGUAGUAACCGAAGACGAAUUUCCUGGAACCCAUUUAUGCAAUAAACAAUUUUUAUAGAGG